UGCAUGGGGUAGCAGUGGCGGGAACUCCACCAUACAAAACCUAUCCUCUCUCUCUCUCUCUCUCUCUCUCUCUCUCUCCUCUGCAUCCCCCUCAUCGCCAUGGAAGGUGUCAUCUCAUCUACUUUUUCACUUCUGUCUCCUUUUCCCCUCAUUAAUCAUACUGCCAAGUAUUCAUCCCUUCACAUUUCUCCUUCGAGAUUUCGGAACAUCUUAGCAAAAAGAUGCAACUUCAAUACAAGGGCAACUGGAGAAGAAGAUGAGGGAUACUUGAUAGAUGCUCCUGUUUCUGUCGGUGAUGGUUUCUCUUUUAGCGGAGGAAAGUAUUCGGAUGCGCCGAGCCUCUCAGAUGAAUGGUUUAAGCAAGGGAAGAUUGUUAAAGCUCAUCCUGUUCUUGGCACUGGUGAGAAGGCAAAGGAUCCGAUAUUUGGUCUUACAAUGGGUGUGGGUUCUCAGGCCUCUUCUGAUGUUUUCAGAUGGUUCUCUGUUGAGAGUGGAAGAACGGGCAAGCAUCUGGUUAUAUUGAUUCAUGGUUUCCCAUCACAGGCAUACUCUUAUCGAAAAGUUAUUCCUAUCCUUGCUGUUGACUAUCAUGUCGUUGCUUUUGAUUGGCUUGGAUUUGGAUUUUCAGACAAGCCUCAACCAAAAUAUGGUUUUGAUUACACUUUGAAUGCAGAAUAUGUUGAUUCACUGGAUUCUCUUCUAAGUGAAUUUGUUGCAGGUAAUGUUUCACUGGUCGUCCAGGGAUACUUUGCUCCAGUUGUUGUCAAAUAUGUUUAUUCCCAUCAAGAAAAUGUGAAGAAUCUCAUACUUGUUAAUCCUCCGCUGACAGAUAAACAUGCCAAAUUGCCAUCGACCUUGUCAUCAUUCAGCAAUUUUUUGUUGGGUGAAAUCUUUUCCCAGGAUCCUCUUAGAGCGAGUGAUAAGCCCUUGACCAACUGUGGGCCUUAUGCAAUGAAAGAAGAGGAUGCUAUGGUUUACAGGAGACCUUACCUUACAUCCGGUUCUUCUGGUUUUGCACUAACUGCAUUAAGUAGGUCCAUGAAGAAGGAGUUGAAGGCCUAUGUUGAAGAAACGAGAAGAAUAUUAUCAAGCCAAACAUGGAUGGUUAAUACAACAAUAUGUUGGGGUAGGCGUGACCGAUGGUUGAGUUAUGAUGGAGUUCAAGACUUUUGCAACCUUUCAAACCAUAAACUGGUGGAACUUCCAAUGGCUGGUCAUCAUGCUCAAGAGGAUUGUGGGGAAGAACUUGGUGGGAUCAUUGCUGGCCUUCUUCGCAACAAGAGAACCUAAGCUAGGAAUCAGGCUUGGGCUUGAGUGGUUAGCCGCUGACAGUUAGCAGCGAUAUCUCAAGUUCGAUUCCUACUGCUAAACUACCCAAAAAAACCAAAAAAAAAAAAAAAGGAGAGCAUAAGCUGUUGUGUUAUCUGCUUUGCCAGACAGUGAAAGGAGUAUUAUGAAAAUAUGUGAAGCAGGCCUUUUUGGGUGACUGAACCAGGCCGAUAUUGACAUAUUGUGUUUGAUGUAUAAGAUUUUAUAUUUGAACCCUUGGAGAAAUCUUUGAUUGAUUGUAAUUAGUUUGUUUGUUGGUUGCAUUUU